UUUCCCAGGAGUUCUCGUCGUAGUCGGGGGAGGGAAGACACCAGCUUUGCUUCCUUCAGCACCGGGGUUCCGUUUGGCUCCCUGCUGGCACCAUGUUUCCCCCACCCCCUGCCUUCAGUACCUCUGCUCCCGUGACGUCGAGAAACUCCCAAGUACAACUGGGGGCGAGGCAGUUAAGCCGCGUCCUUCAGGUGUCAAUCCGGACCCGUGCGAACCACAAUUCCCAGAGUGCCUCGGUCAACAAGGCCAAGUCAGAUAAAAUAACUCCAGAGAGUGGGACAUGCAGGUGGGAAACUAGUCUCUGGUGUCUUUACCGAAUAUGUUUAAAUACUCGAAACCUCACUUCUGCAGCACUCCACUACCAUCUUCAGGCCUCGGAGACCGCGUCCGAAGGUGCGCCCCCUCCUGGGGCAUUUUGGGAAUUGUAGUCCAGAUGCCAGGCGUCACCGAACUACCUUUCCCAGGGUGCGCAGCGGCCGGGCAAUAGCAACGUUCUCUUCCAAGUGUCUCUGUCCCGAGAUCCCCUCCUCUGGUCCCUUUCUUGACAUCGACCUCUUUCGGUCUGUGGCUAUAGCUGGUUUCCCAGAGGCGGCCCUGAGCAGUGGUAGCGCUGCCCUGAGAGGCACUUCCGGUGGCAGGUCACUUCCGGGUUUAAACUUACACGAUCGCUCUCCGAGGAGGAGGGGACCCGUCGCGCGAUUGACAGUGUAUUCCUGCAGGCGCCGUCCCUCAGCCCCCACCCCACGGCCGGAUUCCCGUGGCUCUGCUCCGGGCUGAAACCCGAGAAGAAAUCCUUCGAUUUGUUUUCUUUACAACAAAUACUAACCGAGAAACCAUCGGCAUUUUGCCUUGGCGUUUCCUAUCGGAAAGAUGAAGAAGUUUUUCGACUCCAGGCGGGAGCAGGGCAGCUCUGGCCUGGGCUCAGGCUCCAGUGGAGGAGGGGGCAGCAGCUCAGGCCUGGGCAGUGGCUACAUCGGAAGGGUCUUUGGCAUCGGGCGGCAGCAGGUCACUGUGGACGAAGUGCUGGCGGAAGGUGGAUUUGCUCUUGUCUUUCUGGUGAGAACAAGCAAUGGGGUGAAAUGUGCCUUGAAACGUAUGUUUGUCAACAAUGAACAUGACCUCCAGGUGUGCAAGAGGGAAAUUCAGAUCAUGAGGGACCUCUCAGGGCACAAGAACAUUGUGGGCUACAUUGAUUCUAGUAUCAACAAUGUAAGCAGUGGCGACGUAUGGGAAGUUCUCAUUCUCAUGGACUUCUGCAGAGGAGGACAGGUGGUAAACCUGAUGAACCAGCGUCUACAAACAGGCUUUACAGAGAAUGAAGUCCUGCAGAUAUUCUGUGACACCUGUGAGGCUGUUGCCCGCCUACAUCAGUGCAAAACUCCUAUUAUCCACCGGGACCUGAAGGUUGAAAAUAUCCUCUUGCAUGACCGAGGCCACUAUGUCUUGUGUGACUUUGGAAGUGCCACCAACAAAUUCCAGAACCCACAGGCCGAGGGAGUCAAUGCUGUAGAAGAUGAAAUUAAGAAAUAUACAACGCUCUCCUACCGAGCCCCAGAAAUGGUCAACUUGUACAGUGGCAAAAUCAUCACUACGAAGGCAGACAUUUGGGCUCUUGGCUGUUUGUUGUAUAAAUUAUGCUACUUCACUUUGCCAUUUGGGGAGAGCCAGGUGGCAAUUUGUGAUGGAAGCUUCACAAUUCCCGAUAACUCUCGAUAUUCUCAAGACAUGCACUGCCUUAUUAGGUAUAUGUUGGAACCAGACCCUGACAAAAGGCCGGAUAUUUACCAGGUUUCCUACUUCUCAUUUAAACUGCUCAAGAAAGAAUGCCCAAUUCCAAAUGUACAGAACUCUCCCAUUCCUGCAAAACUUCCUGAACCAGUGAAAGCCAGUGAGGCAGCUGUAAAAAAGACCCAGCCAAAGGCCAGACUGACAGAUCCCAUUCCCACCACAGAGACUUCAAUUGCACCCCGCCAGAGGCCUAAGGCUGGGCAGACUCAGCCAAACCCAGGAAUCCUUCCCAUUCAGCCAGCCCUGACUCCUCGUAAAAGGGCCACUGUUCAGCCCCUACCUCAGGCUGCAGGACCCAGCAGUCAACCUGGCCUUCUAGCCAGUGUUCCCCCACCUAAAGCUCAACCCACACCUAGUCAACCUCUUCAACAAUCUCAGCCCAAGCAGUCACAGGCUCCAUCCACCCCACAGCAGACAUCUUCUACCCAGACCCAAGGUCUGCCCACCCAGGCCCAGGCCACUCCCCAGCACCAGCAGCAGCUCCUCCUCAAGCAGCAGCAACAACAGCAGCAGCAGCCACAGCAGCAGGCAGCACCACAGCAGCCAACAGGCACCUUUUACCAGCAGCAGCAGCAGCAACAGCAGCAGCAGCAGCAGCAGGCUCAGACGCAGCAGUUUCAGGCAGGACAUCCAGCAGCCCAGCAACCAGUCACUGCUCAGUUCCCUGUGGUCUCCCAGGGAGGCUCUCAGCAACAGCUGAUACAGAACUUCUACCAGCAGCAGCAGCAGCAGCAACAGCAGCAACUGAUGACACAGCAGGCUGCUCUGCAGCAGAAGACUGCUGUGGUAGUACCACAGCCUCAGGCACAGCCAACCACAGCCCCACAGCCAGCUGCUGCUCAGGAGUCUGCGAUUCAAGCUCCACCAAGACAACAGCCAAAGGUUCAGACAACUCCACCUCCAACUAUCCAGGGUCAGAAAGUUGGAUCUCUCACUCCUCCAUCAUCCCCUAAAACCCAGCGUGCUGGGCACAGGCGGAUCCUCAGUGAUGUAACCCACAGUGCAGUCUUUGGGGUUCCUGCCAGCAAAUCAACUCAGCUGCUCCAGGCAGCUGCAGCUGAGGCCAGUCUCAAUAAAUCUAAGUCUGCAACUACCACUCCCUCUGGCUCUCCACGGACCUCACAACAGAAUGUGUCCAAUGCUUCUGAAGGUUCAACAUGGAAUCCUUUUGAUGAUGACAACUUCUCCAAACUCACAGCUGAAGAACUGCUUAACAAGGACUUUGCCAAGCUUGGGGAAGGAAAGCUUCCUGAGAAGCUUGGUGGCUCAGCAGAGAGUUUGAUCCCAGGUUUCCAGUCAACACAAGGAGAUGCUUUUGCCACUUCCUCAUUUUCUGCUGGAACUGGUCUCCAGAGAGAACCCAGUCCUUGUCCUGUAAUUACUGUAGAGCACUUUAAAGAACCUGUGGGUGCCAAAGGCCUCGCCCUCUAUCCAGAUCCCUGCAGAAUUUCUGGAACAAAGACUCAGAACACCUUAGAGUCUGCCUCCCUGGCCCGAGAGGGCCCUUCCAGCAAUAGCUCCUUCCACAGCAGCGAGGAGGAGGGCACUGACCUGGAGGGGGACAUGUUGGACUGCAGCGGGUCUCGGCCUCUCCUGGAGUCUGAAGAGGAGGAUGAGAGCUGCAGACCUCCUCAGGGGAAGCUGGGAGAAGCCACCCUGUUCACUGAGCCUGGAGUGUCUGCUGAGCCAGAAAAGGGAGGACGAGGCGGGAAAAAGAGCCAGUUCUUGCCAGUCAACCAGCAGGCCUCGGAUGGUCUUGGAGAGCCUGAUGUCUUUGCCAUAGCCCCCUUCAGGAGCUCACUGGUUCCAGCAGAUGACGUGGACAUUUUCUCCAAAGCCCCCUUUGUCUCCAAGGGCAGUAUAGCUCCUUCCCAGACAGAGGAGGUGGACGUGUUCUCCAGAGCUCCUUUUACCAAGAAGAGGAGCGUGGAGGAGUUACUGGCUGUGCAGGGCUCCUCACAGGAUUUGCCGGUGCAGGCCAGCCUUAGUCAGCCCAGUGAAGGGUUCCUGCUUCCAGGCCGUGAUAGGGCCAUGUACCCCCCUGCCCAGGUGCAGUAUCCUGUGACUGGCUUUGCACAGCAGGCCGGUCUCCCCUCCCACUCUGUCCAGGUGGCAGACCAUUUUGACAACAGCUCUCCCCGGGGAUCUCCCCUGGAAUCUGGGGGUCAUCCUACUGACAGAAACAGAGGACUGCAGUUCCAGAAAGAAGCCUUCUCCGGGCCUAUGGCUUGCAAGCCAUUCCGCCCCCAGGCUUUAUCCAAAUAUUCCCGACACUAUAGCCCAGAAGAUGAGCCAAGUCCAGAAGCUCAGCCCAUCGCUGCCUACAAGAUUGUUUCACAGAGCAAUAAGCAGUUGCUAGCUGGCUCUGUGUCUGUCACAUCUCUGUCCUCCAGGACUACAGAGCUGCCUGCCGCUGACCCUUUCUCUUUAGCGCCCUUUCCGUCAAAAGCAGGCAAACAGAAACCGUAGGCACGAGACCAGCCUGUGGCCUUCCUCCACCUACCCCACCAACACCUAGCACACCACUCCUGGCUGGCCUUUCAGGGAGUAGCCACUGUGACUUUGCAGUCCCAGCCUCAGAGCCGAAGCUCUUUAGGUUACACUUCCUGCUUCUGUUUAUGCUCAUUUCUGGACUUGUUGGCAUUGCUGUUCCUUCAUAUAGGCAUUCCACCUGCAUCUGAACUCUGAUUCUUCUCUGCCCAGACACCUUUUUAAUCCAGGAAUAUUUUACUCCCUGGUAACAGGGGCUGUAUUACACCACAGUUUUGAAGGCCAGCAGCUCCUAUGGGGAGGUGCUUGGAUCAAAGAGUCAAGAUGAAUCCCAGCACUCAACGAUACUCUUGGAAGUAUUUCUAGGAAGAAAAAAACAGCAAUAUAAACCCACUGCACAUCUGAAAAAGUCAGUCCUUCAGCUCCUCAUUAUUCACUCUCAGAGGAUUCUGGGAUCUGUCACUGAGUCUAUACGAGCCAAGCUGGCCUGUGUGCACAGAUGUCUGGUCAUGAUAUGGCUCAGAUUCUGUCAUGCAGAAGAGCACACAGGUGGGGAAAGCUCACUCUGCCUUCCCACAGUUCACUGUUUAGACUUUUUAGAGUGAAACUGCCAUGCCUACCUCCAUUAUCCAAUCAUUUCCUUGUAUUUGCCUGACUUGAACCUUGGCUUUAUUUGCAUUUUUUUUUCUCAUGGUAAAAUUGAAGUUGUUGGACCAUAUGGGGCAAUUCUGUUGAAAAUGAGGUUUCAGAAUGAAUUUUUAAAUUCCAUUUACCUGGUUUUGAAAAAUCAAAUAUCCAAAACUGGACAUGGAAUCUCAUGCUUGUAAUCCUAGUUCUUAGGAAACUGAGACAGGAGAAUUACCACAAGUUAGAGGCUAACCUAGUCUUAAUACUGAAUUCCAGGCCACCAUAUCUCAACACCCUCUCCUCCCACCCAAAAAAGUCACUGGUCCUUCUGUUUUUCCCUGGCAUCAGAGGAAGAGCAUCUUUAGUAUUGCAGUCACUGGUAAUCCUUCCUGGGUACCUUUGUUAUGAAAUUCAUUAAUCAGGACCCUAAGCCACAAACUGCGUUGCCUGUUUCCUCCCCUAAACUCUCCCCAUACACCUCUGUUGCCUCUAGAAGUUGAAAAUGAGAAAGUGCUGGUCAGCUGUCCUUGCAGAUGUUUAAAUUAGCUGUUCCGUUCAGAUGUUAAAGUAGAACAGACAGGUGACUGGCUGUGUUUUCAGAAGUGCGUUUUUAUUUCUGGAAAGCUCUGACUCAUCCCUGUGUUUUCAUACCAUUCAUUUUUAGUGCCUUAAAAGAAAGCCCGUGACUCUGCAGUGAGGUUUCUGCUGAGGAAGCCGAGUUUCAUGGAGACAGCCUGCACCAUACUCAGAGUGUGUGCUUACAACUUCUAGCAUAGUUCCUCCACUUGCUCAGGGAACUCUGAAGAGUUCAUCAAGCUAGAUUAGUGAUAGAAAAAUUGCUAGGAACUGGGCAUGGGAGCAUACUCCUGUAAGCAGGAAAGGGGUUCAAGGCCAGCCUAGACUACCUGAGACACUGUCCCCAAAAAUAAAAGAAUUACUGAAAAUUUAUCCAGUAAUGAAGCCUAAAUGCCAGGCUGCACUUGGAAUCAUUUAGUUGUGAUAUCCUUUAAAUUUGAAAGUCAGGGUCUGGUUGUACAACUUGGUGGAAGAAUACAUGCUUUGUAUGCACCAUACCCUGGAUUCUGUCCUCAGUACACCCAGAAAUAAUAGAAUAAAGCCCAGGACUCUUGGCAGUUAACAUAAGAAUGGUUACUUUUUGCCUGGUGUGGUGGCAGGCACCUUAACCCCAAAACUUGUGAGGCAGAGACAGGUGGAUCUCUGUGAAUUUGAGGUCAGCCUUGUCUAUAUAGCAAGAUUCAGGCCAGCCAGUGAGCGAAAGCUUGUCUUAAGAGGGUGAAAGGGAACUUUUGUUAGUACUUCUCUUUUUGGUAUUCUCCACCUGUUUAAAUAACAGGCAGUGUGUCAGGGUCCCCGCCCCCACCAGAAACCUGCCUUACACUUCAGUAAAGUCUAACUAUUCUCUCUAGGAAUUUGCUUUCUCAGUUAAUAUUUUUGAAUGUUUUGAAUACUAGUGGAUACAAACUGGUCUUUCUGUUAAAUGAGUAGUUUGGGAAUAUACACGGAAUUUUGCAACCAAUCUUCCCACACGUGUUUUCAGGAGAAGCCCUCAAAGGCAUGUGAAAUGGGAUGGGGCUGUUUAGACAGCGCCCUCACUUGAUGUCACAAGCUCAGACCUGUAGACCCAGCUGCUUAGAAGGCCGAGACAGGACAGCCUGAGCCUAGCAGCUCAAGCCAGCUUUGGCAACAUACAAGGACCCAUCUCAAGAAUAGGAACUUUAGAACGCAAGGUCAGCAUCAGCUUCGUAACCGUGCUGCAGACUGUUGUCACUUUGAUUACUGGAUCACUCCAUCUAAUCAUACAGUCAUUUUAAUUCACAAGGUCCAAAUUAGAAGAAAAUCAUGCACUCCUUAUUUUAUAUAGUUGAAUCGUUUGUGAAGUGUGGGCUUGGGGCCUUUUUCAUCUACUGAGUAGGAAGUCUACCUGACGUCUUUUCCUCGGGAGUGAGUGUGACCACAUGCAGCUUGUCUUCUCCUCUGUGGCACUUGGCGAAGGAAAUCUGACAAGAGACUAGCCAACUCGUGAGUUCUGAAGGAAGAGUCUGGAUUACAGGAUCAGUGUGCAAUUGAAUGAUCAGGUGUCCUGGUGGGAUGCCAUCCUGAGUGGAAAUCUGGAAAGUUUGUUUCACGGGGAAUUAGGAGUUCUUAAAGUCUAUGAAUCAGUUGUAAAUUGCCAGUGACCAUACUCUAACAGUUUAAUAAUAAGGAAGAGGAACAGUGUCAAUGAAGUACUGUACUUUGUUUUAAUUUCCGCUGUGUGUUGGUCGCUUUGUAUAUUUCAUAGGAAACACAGAAAAUUGUGAACUUUUGACGCAGUAGAAAGAGAUGAGUCAGAAUAUCUUUAGCUAAAGCCUUAAGCCGCAUCAUGCACUAAGGAACUCCUGAAUGAUGUGGUAGACCGAGGACAUAGCUCAGAGGUGGAGCCUGGCACAGUGAGCCUCUGGGUUCCUCCCUGUCAGCUGACUAAUGAACACUGUUAACUGAGCUAACUUAUGUGUCAUGGAAAAUGGCUCACUAAUUUCUUAGGCUUACAAUACAGCUCUUUAGCGCCAAAAAAUAAAUAAAUAAAUAAAAAGAUAAGAAGUGAACAUCUGUGGCAGGCACACCUACGAUCUCAAUACUUGGGAGACCGAGGCAAAACAAUUGUGAGUUCAAAUCAAGACCAGCCUGAGCAACUUAGCAGGACCUUAAUAUUGAAAUUUAAAGAGGGCUGGUUUUGUAUUUAAGUGGUAGAAUGCUUACCUAGCAUGUGCAACCACUGGAUUUAUUCCAGUACCAGGAGACAAGAGAGAGCACACAAAUUGUUCAUCAUGUGAUGGUGAACAAUCUAGCCAUGGAAGUGAGGAAAGUUGGUUCUGAAAGCAAAUUUUAGUUCAUACAGGUUGUUUUGUCUUGGCUCACUGGUAGGGUUGAAGACCUACCUAUGUACUGGUGCAGGCCCCAGUGUGUGUGUGUGUGUGUGUGUGUGUGUGUGCGCACACGUGUGCUACUCACUAACCCAUGUUGUAUCUCAAUUUCAUCUGGUAACUGAGAUCUUCUAAACAUUCAACAGAAUGCUGUCUUUCUGGCCUGUUGUAUAUUUAUUAAGUGUUGGACCAUGUGCUUGUCAGUGUUUUCAGCCACUCUUCACUGGUGCAUAAAGUAUUAGAGUGAUCUGACAAUAAGAAAUUCUAUAUUUUUAUUCUGUAAAUGAAAAUAAUCAAAACAUGUAUCGGAUUGUGAGAUAUGUAUGCAUUACUUCAAAUAGGAAACUUAAGAGGAGGAAGUGCAGUGCUCUCUCCAACAGGGACGGGGCAGCUUCCAGCGGAGUCCAUUUGGGUCCCUCAAAUGGAAAGAGAUGUUGCUCCCUGCUGUGUCUUUUGCAUUCAACCUUUAGAACACAUAGCAGUCAACUCCCAAACAGCUGCUGGUUACAGCAUAUUUUUUUUUUAAAUCAGAAUCAAACGUUUUGAUGACAGGUAGUGUGCAGGAGUCCAGCGGAAGAAGGCGGGAGCAUCUCGACACUUUCCAUGGCCACCCUGUUUCCGAGCCUUCCAGUGCUUCACUAAAAGAUUAAACACUGGGGGUUGUAAGUGAAAUCAUGUCAUUUGAGUGAUAACCUUUAUCAAUCAAUAUUUGUUUUGCUCUAACCACCAGAACACUUGAAAACCUAAUAAAAUAUCACUAAAGAAAAAGUUUCAAAAUGCUUAAGAAUAAAAAGUAGUGUCUAGUUGUAAAUUGUUUCUGUUCUGUUCCCAGAGGUCUUUGUGCUCCCCACUCCCCAUUUCUACUCUCCCUUAAUUUCCUCCCUCAGCUUUCUCCUAUUUGACCCGACUAAUGAGUGGGUCAUGACCUGUCACACUAGCUUGCGGUGGCUACUCUAAAAUCUCAUUUUAGGAUUCGGGCCAGCCUUGACAAUCUAACAGUGAAAUGGUUCACCUUCCCCUAGAAUCAAGGACAGAGGAAGGUUGGCAGGACCCAGUUUUCCUCUUUGGAGAUGUAGCCCAGAGGGCACUCUGCCCCCUGAUCCUACAUAGCUCUAGAAUGAGUAUAUGUGAGCGGACUCUAGAAGAGCAAAAAUAGCUAAGUGCUGGUCAUGGGGGCACAUGCCUGUAAUGAGGCAGGAGGUUCACUGUGAGUUCGAGGCCUGCUUGGGCUACAUAGCAAGACCUUGUCUCAAAACAUAUACAAAGGCUAAAUAUUAACUACAUGUGGCUUGUUACCUACAAAGUUUCUGUAACUUGUAAUUCCAUUAGUGUUGUCAGCUAUAGUUCAGCAACCUCAACCUCUGGCUUAGGCAAGUGUUACACAGCUCUGAGUUGAUGGUAAACAUUACUUGUGCUGCCUUGUGGUGGAACCAUGUAUAUAUACACAAAGGGGAUCAGAUUCCCUUUGGCAAGAAAUUUCAGAAUGUUUUUUUCAGCAUCAGUCAAAAAUAGGUCAUGGUUGGCUGAUACCACAUGCUUAAACUGCAAGGACCCAUGUCCAGUCUCCAGCACUUUGACUCUGAGGUAAUGAGAGACAGUAGACUAUUUUCCUUUGGAAAUGGUGUGCCUGCUGUGUUCUGCAAAUCUACCAAAGAUUCUUGUGUGAAGGGUUUCUCAGUGUCUGUGUGCGCAGACCUGCAUCCUCCUGCUUCCUUCGUGGGGUUAGCUCUAGCCCUUCAGUUCAUUAUCUGAAGAGGGCUGGGGAGGGACCACAGGCAGCUGGCACCACAACUCAGUUCCCUCCGCCAAACCUCCAAAUUUAACAUUGGAGUUGUUUGCAUCUGUGGUGAGGGAGUUGACCAGCCAUUGCUUGAGUAUUCUUCCCAAGGAAGCACCUUCUUGUGGGUGGCACUGGGAGGACAGUGGUGACCUGCACCACAGGGCCUGAAGAUGUUAUUUUGAAUGGAACAUUUGAUGUCAUUUUUAGGGAACAGAAACCAAAUAACAGAGGCCACGGACCAUGCAUAUUUCGAGGAGGGAAGGUGAGCACCCUCUGCUGGCAGUAUUUGGAGUUGCUUGAGUGAGGGUCUGUAAGCAGCCUGGAAGGAGUGCUGAGGUCAGCAGAUCUUAGGCAUCCUCACCUUGCAAACAAUCUUGGGGAAACCAGAAGGUCAUUCCCAGCAGUUUUUGUAAUGCCUGUCAUUGCAGGCUGUUGGAUUUAUGUUGUUCUCUCUGGGUGUGAUCUAUCGUGUAUCUGAUAGUCUUUAUGGAUAAUUGUUUGGGUUGUAAACUCCUAUACUCUUUAUUAAAAUGAGCUUAA